UUUUAAAAUUCUUGGUAUUUGAAUAAUUUUGAAUAGACAAGGAAUCUAUUUUGAAAGAGUUAUCUCCUUACACUAGGUCAGGGAUACGAGAUGGGUACUUUGAUGAAAAUACCUGAAAUCACAAGGGCCGUUGGAAAUGCCGUGAUUGUGGAUCCUCUAACCGCUGGGAGUGCACGCGAUCCAGCCGACCCACAAGACCGCCGCUCCGAUGGUCAGAUAGGUGCAACUGUGACCAUCACCUGUCUCACCUCCAUUUGCUUCGUCCUCGUCGCAGUAUUUUGUCGUGAGCGCUCCGAAAAUGAAUUUGCAUUUAUCGCCUUUUUAGUGAUCAUAUUAGUAAUCGUUUUAAUCGCCAUAUUUGCUAUUCUAUGGAUAUCUGUUGUUGCUCAUCGUAAUACGGAUACCUGGUAUCGAUAUGAUACAAGAGAACAAAAAGACGGACUAAAAAUUGCCAUUACAUUCCUAUGGGUUUUCGGUAUGGCUUCUGUUGUUGGAGAGGCUUUAGAAAUGACGACAAACAUAAGUUGCUUAGAUUUUAAUCACAAGAUAAAUACCACCGGAUACAAGGUUAGAUGGUACUUGAUUUGCAGUAAUCUGACCACUAUUUUAUUCUGCUGUAUCCAGAUAACUUUCGUGAGUUACUUCAUUCAUUACAAUUUCGGAAAUUAUAUCUCCAUAAACUAUGGCUUUCUGAUCACGCUAAUGACGAAUGCUGUGUUGUGGUUCAUCUCUGAAGAGAAAAAAAUAGCAGAAUAUUACGAAAAAGAUUCCAACACACAUGUAAACAGGUCACAAGAUCCUUGCUUUUGGGGAUCAAAUAUUACAAGAUAUGUCGCGUCUAAUCUGAACCCUUACCUUUCACCAGCGAACAUCGAGUUCUUUUUGCUCUCCUCCGGAUUAAUCCUGGGAAUGAUGCCAAAACGUUCUGAAAGCAAUGCUCCACAUGAGGACGACCGGUGGUCGUCUGAUGAAAUGGUUCCAAUCCUACAUUCAUCAGAAAGACGAACAUCUGCAGACAGGAUCCACCAACAUCUCCACCCUGUUACUUACCUUAGUUUCAUUAUUGUAGUCAUUAUUGUCAAUCUAACACUUAUUACAGGCAAUGUGAUAUUCGUCUUUGUUCAACCAGAGAUGUUUUCUACGUGGAUAUCCAUUGACACAUGCUACAAAGUUAUCAUGACAAUAGUGAUAAUGCUCAUCUAUUAUCACAUCCAUAUUAUGGGUAACAUUGAGCCAGGAAAUUACUAUCUUAAGCCAGGCCAGUACAUACUUCUUAUCUCUACAACAGGCACUGUAGCCGUCUGUAUGUUCGGAAUGAUCGGGGGUAUCCAAAUCCUCCCAACACUUGCAGGAACUAUCUAUAUAGCAGGCAAUUGUUUGGACAUUUACGUGGCUUUCUCACAAACUACUUUGUUGAUACAUUUAGAAAGAGUUAACCGACUUCAAUUUAAAGGCAACCACAUUCCUACCGAAAUUCUCUGCUUUUUUAUGGCUUCCUGCAACAUCUCAUAUUGGAUAAUAGACAGUUUUGUUGAUGCCCGUUAUGCAGAGUCAAAAUACAUCAAGGGCCCGAUAUUUGAAAACUGGGAUCAUUUACAAAAGUUACUAGCACCAUUGUUAAUUUUUUACCGUUUCCACACAUUUCUUGAUUGGUACAUACUAUACUGUAAAUUCAAAAGAAUGCAUACUUUUUAUUAGGUAGUGUUACUAAGUAGACUAAAUAUCUCGUUCCCACAUACACGUCAUAAUCCAGAAAAUAAGUACUAGGGGCGGGUCUUUUUCACAUUGGUUUCCACCUCAGUAAUCGGGUAGCAACUUUACUUUAUGUUCUCUGUACAUAUAUUAUAAUUAUCAAUGGUGAAAGAUGCAUGAAGAUAGAUUAACUAUUAAUAAAAACGUCAAUUUCU